GAUAGUUUAUGAUCACAUUUUUGGGAACAUAAUUCUGGAAAUAUGUAAAUAACAAACAUUGAUAAGACGGCUUGGGGGUAGCCAGUCAAAUUACUAAAUAUUUAACCUGUAAUUUAAUACUUUUUCGUGUACAAUUCCUCUUAAUUGUAUAUAAAAUGUACUUGGAUUGCAAUAUUUGUGGAUUUGAUGAACGUAGAAUAAGAAAUAAAUUCAGAUAUUUUGUGUGUAAUUCAGUGGAGUACAUCAAAUUAAUUUUGGGCAAAUGUUUUCUCCAAAUGCUGAAAUUCCAUUUUUUUUUACCAAAAGAACAAAACAUUUUGGACUAAAUUUCCCUGAAAGUUUUGACACAGUUGUUCUUUUGAAAUUUGUCAAAAAUCGAGUCGAAAUGUGUUUAAGCCAAAAUUGAAAAAAAAGUGCAAGGGGGUAACCUUACAUAUUUGUGGCAAAACAAAUUGCAUUUCAGCCAACAACGCAGAAAAUGCAAUGGAUGCAAGAGAAACAUCAAUCAGUAUUCCAACAAACACUAACAAUCCUGCAGAUUUGGGGAAAAAUCGCCUAUAAUUUUGAAAAAAAAUUGAACGAUUUUCUCCCAAAUUUUCAAUGUUAAGUUUCUUUUUAAUUCAUGUUUGUCCAAAAAUGGAGUCAAAGUGUGUUUCAUGGUCCUUUAGGCAAACUUUCCUGCAAGUUUAAGUAAUUUCAUUUUUCCGGACAAACAAUUUAUUAAUGUGAUGAUUCCCUUGACAAUGCGAAAUUCUAUGUACAUGUGUAUUUGAACUUACCGUCGCGUCUAGAAGUACAUGUAUUUAUGUUUUUGUCGUCAUCAGUACCUUUAUAGGCGACUGUAUAUAAUCCCGAGGUCCCUACUCUUUGUGAUGAAGGCUUAUCAGCUUGGAGUGCAAGGCUAAUAAUCCUGCGCUCCGUAAUUGCGUAAGCGCAAGUCGGUAGUUACACAAUAAUUGUUACACCACGGGUGGUUAUUAAACAGUUGGUAUAGGCUAAAUAUUAUUUCUUCAUCUAUUAUGGUACAACUCUAGUCUACGCUACAAUCUGACUGGAAUAACGCACACCUUGCGAGAGAAACAAAAUGGCGGAGCAAGAAAAGAGCCCUCUUCGAGUCCGCAUCCCUGUCAUCAUUCUGGUCAUGUUGUUUGGUACAGGAUCGUGGGUAGCAAUCAACGGGUUAUGGGUUCAACUCCCACUCCUUGUGUCUCGUAACGUUCCUGAGGGUUACAACCUGGCUGCCUACCUUACCGUCAUCAUCCAGCUGGCUAACAUCGGUCCCUUGAUCUUCACCCUGGCCAACUAUUUCUCACCUAAGGGUCUACAUGUUGAGAUCCCCGCCAAUUUUGUCAUUGUGUCCAUCGGCUGCAUCUCCACUCUGCUUCUGGUGUUCUUCUGGGAUUACUACACAGUAUGGGUCAUCGAUAACACCCUACAUAGCACAGCACUGUUGUGUUUAGCCUUCUUCCUAUCCAUCGUAGAUUGCACCUCCUCAGUGGCCUUCACGCCCUUUAUGUCUGUCCUCAAGAACUCUUAUCUGACAUGGUACUUCGUUGGGGAAGGUCUCAGCUCACUGCUUCCUAGCGUCGUGGCGUUGAUUCAGGGGGUAGGGACUAAGGAGUGUGUAGCUAACGGCACUUACAUCAACGAGACGAUCAUCAAUGGCGCUGUCGUCGAGCAGACAUGUACCAACUGGCUACAGCGGGACACUCCGGAACGCUUUCCACCUCAGAACUUCUUCGGGUUCCUCUUUGCCAUGAUGGUCACCUGCCUGAUUUCCUUCACUAUGCUGAACUACCUGCCGUUGGCCAAACGCGAACACGUCAAGAAGUACCAGCCUGAGACGGAGGACUCCAAGGUCGAAGAUGCCCCGGUGAAAGGAGCCGAGAGCCGCACCAUGUUGGUCUUCAGCGUCACGUCCGUUGACGACACAACAUCGCAGAAGGAUGUCGAUGACGCCGAGCCUGACAAGGGCCAUCACACCAUCGAGGGCAAAGACGGCGCACAGACGCCCUCACAGCCGCCUUUGACCCGUUGGCAGUUUGCUUAUCUCUUUGGCAUCUUAACCUUCGUGACAGCAAUGAGCAACGGGGCACUGCCGUCAAUUCAGACCUACUCCUGCGCCCCUUACGGGCUCAACACCUACCUGAUCGCAUCCGCCAUGGCUAACAUCGCUAAUCCCCUGGCUGCUUUCCUGGUCAUGCUCUUCCCUUUCCGUAGUCUACCAUUGAUUGGUGUGACAACCAUAGCCGGUACCCUUGCGGCAACAUUCUGCUUGUUAACGGCAGGGCUGAGUCCGACUCCUCCAUUGCAGUAUGAUGUUGCAGGUGAUGCUAUUAUAAUUUUGGCGUGGAUCUUCGUCAGUGGUUUCUUUGUGUAUACCAAAGCUACCAUAGCCUGGAUACUUCGAUGUCAAGCCGACAACCGCACGUUGCUGAUUUGGUACGGCGGGGUGUCUCAGAUCGGAUCUAUGAUCGGCGCUUUCGUCAUGUUUCCGAUCGUCACCAUCGCUCAACUGUUCGUACCUUACUACGAGAAUGUGUGUGACGGCAGGCCCAUCUGUGAGACUGUGUAACGACCCACUGCCUUUCCUUAACCUUCGCGGCCACUCCGGCUUCGGAUUGAGGAGAUUUAUGCCCCUGACCUCGGACUCCCCUCAAAAUGGUUAAAAAAUGCGUGAAGCAAAGUAUUUCAGAAUACAUGGGCUUCUAAGAUAAUGUGAAUAUGGGAAAGUAUAAAAAUACACACUUCGGUAACAAUAUAGAUGGAGCUGUCAGAUAUAUAUUUUUUUUGAAAAAUAAGUACUUCUGUGGCUGACAUUUUUUUUAGAUUUGAAAAAUAGAAUUCGGCACCCCCCCCCCCAAAAAAAAACAACUAGAGGACGAACUAGUCUAUGCAGCAUAUGGUUAUACACAGACUCGGAGACUGGACUUCGCGGAUAACGGGUGAUACUCAAGACUAUCAUGGAAGAACAUGCUCUAUUAAGAUAUACUUAAGUGGUGUUUCAAGCUUCAUUUCUUUUAAGAAAAAAAGAUGAUUACUUCUUUUUUACUCACCUUGUACAAAUCUGUAUAUUUUGGCAUGGUGGAGGGUAUCUGGGAGAAGUUUGUGAACCAAACUUGCGACUGACCGAGUGGUAAUUACCGUUCCUUGCAGUCGUCGGGAACAACAUCGACUGAUGAGGGUAAAAUCAUGCUCAAUGAACCAGCAGUGUUAAUUUUCCAUCGCAUAUUAUUCUCUGAACCUCUUCUCUUGUAAUGUAAGCCGCUGCACUUUGCCUAUGCACAGACUUCUGUCAAGACCUUUACGACAUGUGUGUAUACUAAGAUGUUUGAGUGUGGUUUGCCGUGUUAAUUGUGAUGCUCUCCAGUCGUUAUCAACUAAAUCAUAAUUUCAUACUCUGAUUUUUAUAAAAUGAAAAUGCGACCUAAUCAAACUAUAUUGAAUUCUAAUGGACUCAACUGGUGACCACUGGGCCUUAACGUAAUGUAUAAUGUUUGUGAUUCCCAUUUUUUUUGGGGGGGGGGAAUCGUCAGAAGGACGUCUGAACACUCAGUUAGCAUUAGCCUGAGUCACGCACAAAAAAAACUAUAAUUACAAUACGUCAUCUUAUUAAGCGGUAGUAGUGUGGCUUUUUGUUUUGCGGCCUUUUGCUUUAUUUUAGUAACGAUUAUAACGGGUCACAAACAUGAUAUAUUUUACUUUACGUUCCUUUUCCUGGAGAGGCUGUUAUGAUGAAAAUCCUAGAAAGACCACGUUGAUAAAACGUCCAUACUCAGUUCUCUGUUCAAAACUGUAACAUUCAUUCAUAACGUAUUCAUUCAUAGACGAAAGGUUUAGAAUUGUAUAGGCCUAUGCAUGUAGGCCCCUAUUUUUGAAUAAAAUAAUGGACCAUUUUGUCUUCUAA